GUGAUGAAUAAGUUUGAAGUCCUUGGCAUUGUGGGUGAAGGCGCAUAUGGGGUGGUGCUCAAAUGCAGACAUAAGGAAACCAACGAGCUGGUGGCUAUCAAGAAGUUCAAAGACAGCGAAGAAAAUGAGGAGGUUAAGGAGACGACCCUUCGGGAGCUGAAGAUGCUUCGCACGCUGAAGCAGGACAACAUCGUUGAGCUGAAGGAAGCCUUUCGACGCAGGGGGAAGCUCUACCUUGUUUUUGAAUACGUUGAAAGGAACAUGCUGGAGCUGUUGGAGGAACUUCCAAAUGGUGCCGCGCCAGAUAAAGUCCGAAGCUACAUCUACCAGCUUAUCAAAGCCAUCAACUGGUGUCAUAAGAACGAGAUCGUGCACAGAGAUAUCAAACCAGAGAACCUGCUCAUCAGCUCCGAGGAUGUCCUCAAGCUCUGUGACUUUGGUUUUGCACGCAACCUGUCUGAAGGAACCGAUGCCAACUACACUGAGUAUGUGGCCACAAGAUGGUACCGCUCACCCGAACUGCUGCUUGGGGCUCCUUAUGGCAAGGCGGUGGACAUGUGGUCAGUGGGGUGCAUCCUCGGGGAGCUGAGCGACGGGCAGCCCUUGUUUCCCGGGGAAAGCGAGAUUGAUCAGCUAUUCACUAUUCAGAAGGUCCUUGGGCCACUUCCUGCUGAGCAGAUGAAACUGUUCUACAACAACCCUCGCUUUCACGGAAUCAGGUUUCCCUCAGUUACUCAUCCUCAGACACUGGAGAGAAGGUACCAAGGCAUUUUAAGCGGUUUGAUGUUGGAUCUUAUGAAGAACCUGCUGCUUCUCAACCCGACUGAGCGCUAUCUGACUGAGCAGAGUCUGAAUCAUCCAGCCUUCCAGCCUCUGAGGCAGGUGGAGCGAGAGAGGCCUUCGCCUUCCUCGCCCAACCCACCACGUUCCUCCAAGAGGAAAACACACCAUCAUGGAGAAAACACGGUCCCGACAAGGAGUCACACCAAGAGCUCAAGCCAGCGUCGCUCCAACAGCAAAGAAUGUUCAAGUCUCCCACGUCAUGGUGAGCUCCAUCACCUUGGCAACGAGAAUUUCUUCAACGGUAACAAACCCCCGUCGAGUUUAAGUCCGACACUUCACCCCAAGAGUCAGUAUCUGUCCCAGACCCUCAACCGCUCUGCCUCGUCCAGCAAAGAUCUGGCCAAUAACAACCUGCCGCACCUCCUCAGCCCCAAAGAAGUCAAAAACAAAUCGGAAUUUGAUUUCAAUUUGGGACCCUCGCCCAAGUUGCCAGAACAAGGACACGGUGCAAAGUACAGCCUCAGCAAGUCCAGCGGUUCCUCUCGCUCGCAGCAGCAGCAGCAGCAACAGCAGCAGCAGCAAGGUGGACGUCACACCUUCCUGGAAAGCAAGACCAACACCUUACAGUCAGCAGGAGACAAACAACACGGGAGACACACCCACAGCGUGGCCGACUCAACCCACGGAUCCAUGUCGUCUUCUUCCAAAAGCUCCACCUCCUAUCUCAGCCUGUCCAAGAGCCACAACACUCUGAGCGAUGCCAAAUCUGUAGGAAACCUCAGCGACGGUCGACUUCACCCUGAUGACCCAAAUCCUAACACGAUCGCAGCGGUGGGACCCAGCGCCCGUUUCUUCCCUGCCAGCUGUCUGGACCUCAAUACCCCUGCAGGGGCCCCCGUGCCACCUGGCAGCCCCUCGGCACGACACAGCGAUCGCCCGGGGCACAGCCCCGCAUCCCGUAGCAGCACCAACGUCCGGAUGGAGAGCAGCACGCUCGACUCCUCCUCCAGACACAAGUCCAGACAUAAAUCUUUGGCUCCAGAGGAGGCCAAGGCUCCAGAGCUCUUAGACCCUGGGGGUGCAGGGAUGCCCUCCACCCACACGCUACCCUCCCCACACGAUUCCUACCAUUAUGGCCUGGGUUACUCGUCGCCCUUCUCCUCUCAGCAACGGCCUCAACGCCACUCCAUGUACGUAAGGAGAGAGCGCCACCGACCUCAUGGCGGAGAAGCUGGGAUGGUGGGCUUGCCCCCUCCGGGGCAGGCUAUUCCAACACGAGCUUCUAGUCUCCAGCUUCUUUCCCCGCAACUUCAGCACAGGACCACGCUUAGUGGGCACUCGGUGAGCUCUUCCAGGGAAGACUGCACGGACGGCAUGAGCAGGAGCGAGCCGUCCCCUAAAGACAUGAGCCACCCAUGUGCCCCUGUCAAAGAUUCAACUAGGGACAACACUGCCACUUUUCAUACUCAGCGACCGCCUAAGAAUGAGGUCGGUAUGUAUCACGACGCUCAUGGAGAGGAUGGAGCGUCUUCCAAGGAGAACCGGAUGAUCUUCACUGAGUCCAUGCCCCGAAGAGUUGGUAGCUUUUACAGAGUGCCGUCGCCAAGACCAGAUAACUCCUCGUCUUUCCACGAAGGUGUUGGGCAGGGUCGAGGACCAAUCGUACCCGUUGUCCCUGGCAACCCUGUUACCAUGGUCAACCACUCCAAACGCCAGACUGCCUUUGACUGGAGCGCAGCGGAAGCAAUGGUGAUGAAUCCUCCAGAGCCUGCCAAAGAGAAAGAAAAACAAGGCUUCUUCAGAUCCAUUAAAAAGAAAAAGAAGAAGACACAAGGAGCAGACAUGGCGGACGGGAGGAACCCCAGUAUCAGGAAAAGCCUCUUCCCACUCUUCAGCUCCAAGAACAGCCUAAAGCACAACUCAGCUGUCAAAGUCCUUCCUGUGGUGCCCUCGCCUAUGCUACAACAGCAGCCUCCUCCGCCGCCAUAUCCUGCCACAACAGGAACUGGGAAUGCACAAGAGCAUCUGUCCUUGCAGAGGGGCUCUAAAUCAUCCUCUCGCCACGGAAGCCGUCGGAAAAACCGAGAGCAUUCCCGAGACAGAGAACGGGAGCAGAGCAGAGACCGCGAUCGAGACAGAGAACGAGAAAGAGGAAGAGAGAGAGUGAACGAAUGGCCGACAGAAAAAGCGAUUGACUCACAUUCUCAGAGCCAAACGCUGAAGUCCCUUCGCAGGCUUCUCCACCUCUCCCCUUCUCCAAACCAGGGCCAGCCCCCUCCUCCUCCUCCUCCUGCCCCCACAGACCUGCGCUUCCAGCCCCCUCUGCCCAACCCCCCUCAGCCCUCCUCCAAAGCGGUCUACGCCGAGGGCCGGGGGCACGCCGAGAGCCGGGGUCACUCCGGAGCGAGUGGCUCGUCUCAGGCCAAGAACCGAAAGGCCAGCUACCCGCUGCCGGGCCAGCUGGAGUCCGCCUGGCACGUGUCGGCGCUGCAGCGGGCCGAGGGCGUGCAGUUCACGGCCGAACAGUUGGGCAUCAAACCGGGGCAAAACGGACCCACCUUUACCCGUGCCUCUCGCACCAGAAUGCCAAACCUCAAUGACCUGAAGGAGACGGCGCUCUAAACGCCCAACUCAAGCCGUACCGCCUCUGCUACGGCUCAUCGUGGACGCAGCUGCUGGAUCGAGGAGGGCGCCGCCCGACUUUAGUUACAGUUUAAGUGAAAACGUCUUGCGCUCCUCUGGCACGAUGGGCCCGGACAAGGAUCGAAUGCAGACACACAACUCGUCAACGUGAACUUGCACCCCAAUGGAAAGCCCUUUGAGCAUUUAUACCCAGUUUAGGGUCUCGGUCUAGGCUCUAGAACUCUUUUUGUCUUGAAAAUUAAUUUAGCACAUUAUAACUAAUAUUUUCUUCCACAACUAGUGCCAUUUUGGCCUACAAUCAAACCAUACUACUAAACAACCGUGCUGCACUGUUAACUAGUUAAGUCAAACUGAACUAGUUAAUCUCCAUGCACUCCUUUUACUACUAAUGAAGCACUCGAUGGUAACUGGUAGAAUCGUCACUAGUAGCAGUUUUGCUUCAAUAGUAACAUGUUGUCUAACAAGCUGUCCUACCAGUGAGCGUAUGUUUGUACAUGGGUCAGUACUUUACUCGAAAGGUUUAAUUGCAUACUAGCUUAAAAUAGCCCUAGUUGUGGAACAAGUCAUUCUACUGAAUUGGCUGGGUAAUGCAGACAAAGAGUGUUCUAGUACAGAGACCUGACACCGGAUGAGAAUUUGAUGGACUAAAUGGCGAAACAAAACUUUUCCAUUGGCCUGCCCCUGUCAGGGCUGUUCUUCGGUCUUGAGGAUUAGAAACUGCCUCUGCUCCCAUCCUCUGGUCACAGAACACAACUGCAGCACACCCGCUU